AUGGAACGCACCACACUCCUCUCCAAACAUGGCAUGAGACUUUUCGCAUUCGGAUGGAUACUGACUACAAUUACGAAUUUCCCCGCUGCCUUCACUCACACUUCCGUCAACUCUGCAGUUCUAAAAAUGAACGAAUACCUGAACGAGUCAUUUACGGAUCGCUAUCGACCACUGGAUCAUUACGAGGUCUCUCUAAUCAAGUCUGGCAUAAACAGCAUUUGGUAUGUCGGACAAGUGUUCGGGGCUUUGAUGAGCCCUUAUGUUUGCGACAAUUGGGGAAGAAAACCGGCCUACAUUAUCUCAGUGGUGAUGAUGACAGCAGCGUGUGGAAUGCAGAUGAUUGCGUCUCUCACGCCCUUUCCAGAGAUUUUGAUAGUCGGCCGUCUAAUCACCGCCGUUUUUUCACCACUCAGCGAUGCAGCUCUCAUACUCUAUCUUCAGGAAAUUUCACCGUGCAGCCUCAGGGGUACGAUGUCGUCCCUAUUCUCGACGGGAUACUCAGUAAUGUGCCUCUUUGGCAUGCUUCUCGGUCAUGAAGAUGUGCUCGGCCAUUCACUUACUGUACUUCUUUUCGUGCCCGUCAUUCCCGGAGUGAUCUCAACCGUAGUUCUAUUGCUUAUGCCAGAAACUCCGAAGUUUUUGAUGAUAUCACAGCACAAUGCAAAAGCAGCACUUGCUUCCCUGCGUUUCUACCAAGGAGAUAGGGAAGAUUUGCAAAACGCACUGGACAAACUGCAAAUUGAGGGCAAAAGAGCUGAUGUGGAAGAUGGUGAAACUAAUGGAAGCAUUAAGGCAAUUAUCACCACACCUCAUCUUCGCAAAGCCUUUACCAUCUCGGUGGCUGUUCUUGUGCUCACACUCCCAUUUUAUCCUAUUCUUCAGAAUAGCACAUUCUUCUUUACUCAUCUAAAUGUUCAAAGCAACUUAGCUCAACUCUCAUCAUCUCUCCUUAUGGUCCUUCUUACAUUUGCCUGCGUCACAUCAACCUGCGUCGUUGAUAGAUUCCCAAGGAGAUUCAUGCUCCUGACAGCAGGGACAAUAUGUAUGUUUGCACUGUCUGCAUUUGUCAUGGCCGCAGAGUUCGGCUCUAAAUAUGCAGCAAUGACAGGAGUAUUCGUCUUUGUAUUUUCUUAUGGAGUGGGCGUCGGUCCCGUGGCAUGGUUCAUCUCUGGAGAAAUGGUCCCGUUGCAAUACAGAUCAGGAAUGUUCUGCUUGUGCUAUGCUGUUCACUCGCUUCUAGUCGUACUCACAAAUUUCGCCACGGUACCUCUCUUAGGGGCUAUUGGUGCAGUCUGCUUCGUGCCGAUCUUCAUCAUUCCCUGCUCUCUGGCCCUCACCUACGUGUAUUUUUCUUUACCCGAAACGAAUGGCAAAGACACAAUGGAUAUCGUAAAAGAAUUGAAAGGAAGUCACAGGAAAUUCGAUGUUACGAAUGCCUAA